AUGGUCAAAGGAGCCAAACGGGCACUUCAGUUGCCCAAGCAGCAACUGCUCAUUCUAGCAGUAUGCCGCUUCGCAGAGCCUGUUGCAAUGACCUCGGUCUACCCAUACAUUCCGGAGAUGAUUCAAUCCUUCAAUGUCCCCAAUGAUAAAGUGGCCAAAUGGGCCGGACUUAUGUCUGCGACCUUUUCACUCUCACAGUGUCUGACCGGAAUCGCCUGGGGUCGGGCCUCAGACCGCUUUGGCCGCAAGCCCAUAAUCAUCCUCGCCCUGACCUGCACCAUGAUUUCGUCCAUAUUAUUUGGCUUCUCCAAAAAUCUUGCCUGGGCCUUUGUCACACGGUCUCUGCAAGGCCUCUCGAACGGGAAUGUUGGGAUCAUUCGGACAGCUGUGGCAGAGUUGGUACCUCAAAAGGAAUUACAACCGCGGGCAUUCAGUAUUAUGCCGCUCGUCUGGAACAUUGGCAGUAUAUUCGGGCCGUCUUUUGGAGGAUCUCUGGUCCAUCCUGCGGAAAGAUAUCCAGAAGUGUUUGGAAAGCUGAAGUUGCUCAAGGAAUAUCCCUUUGCGCUGCCGAACCUUCUGAUCAGCAUUCUUUUCAUGUGCGGGAUCACUGCCGGUUUCCUUUUCUUACACGAGACCCUCGAGGAAAAGAAAUCCCACAGGGACUACGGCCUGAUAAUGGGCAAAUUCCUGACCAAUUCCUGCACCCGAAGGCCACGAUCCAGGACCAGAACUUGGUCGAAUACCGAAGAGUCGGAUCCAUUUCUCCCUGGGAUUUCCAGUGAACUGUCCACACCGAUAUCUGGUUCCGUUGUCGCGGCUGAGAUCCCCAAACAGAACCCAGGCUGGGCGGAGGUCUUUUCCACACAGUCAAACAUCAAUCUCGGUGUGUAUACCUUUUUGGCCAUGCAUUCGGUGGCGUACGACCAACUACUGCCAAUAUUCAUGCAUUACCCGGUGCAAUCUAUUCAAGACCCCGAGGUCCAUCUACCUUGGAAGUUUGCUGGCGGAUUCGGCAUUGAUUCCAAUAGGAUUGGCCUAUUGUUUACUGUCUACGGCGUUUUUGGCAUGCUCAUCCAGUUCUUUGUCUUUCCCCCCUUUGCUAGGAGGUACGGCGUUUUGAACUGUCUCAAGGCUUGUUGCCUAGCCUUCCCCCUGGUCUACGUCGCGACACCUUUUACGGCCCUGCUGCCUACUGACUCGUCAAGGCAAGGUAUCAUGAUGUUGCUGAUGAUGGUCAAGGGCUUUUGCGGCAUCUUUGCGUUCCCUUGUUCCACCAUUCUUCUUACCAAUAGUGCUGCUAGUUUGAAGAUACUAGGGACGCUGAAUGGGGUGGCAACCAGUGUCUCUGCCAUUGGAAGAGCUGCCGGACCGGCUUUAGCGGGCGCUACGUUCACCAAAGGAGUCGAUAUCGGUUAUGUUGUAAUUUCUUGGUGGAUAUUGGCCCUGGUCGCCAUUGUGGGCGCCGUCCCAGUGUGGUUUCUGGUGGAGAUGGAAGGGUUUGGGGGGGACUUGGACGAUGAUGAAAGUGACCAAGACGAUGAUGAUAUUUACGACGACGAAGACGCCAAUGACGACGACGCUAAAGCAUCUUCGGUUGCCACCGCUGGAGCACAUUCUCGGAAGUCCAGUGCGCCAUCUGUUGCCGAAGAGGCGGUGGAAGACGACGAGGAGAUGCCGGGAUCUCGUCUUCUGACACCCGCUACUACGAGGACCUCGCAACGAUCUUCUCGCCGCCACAGUCUCCAGCUUCGACGAGUCCCGAGCCCUAUCGGAUUUGGCCACGGUGUCAUUCCACUCGGUGCCCGCAGAUACAGCAGCGACCUCGGAGCUACAAGGAGUGGGUUGGGAGCUGGCGGAACGAGCUAUUAUUGA